AGAACAAUAUUUAAAGAGGAUGACACAGGCAGAAUCGUAACACACGUGAAUCAUGAGGAACACGGCAUCGGCUCACGCGCUCUCUUUUUUCACUCUUUGUAUGUCUGUUUGCCUCCUGUACUCUUCUUUUGUUUUAAAGAGGGACCGGUUGUUUGAUGGUUAUACAUGUUCUAGUUCGAAACGCGUGUUUCGUAUUGACAAGGUUUACACAAAUAUUCAAUGCGCUGUGUUUUGCAAGAGUUCGUUGUUCUGUGAUAACAUAUUUUACCAAAAGCAAAAUAGGAGAUGCGACGGGUGUAGGCAUUUUGCACAGACAGAACUGGAAACAGCAGACGGGUCUUUGUAUUUUACAAGAGGAGACUGUGGGGUACCCAGCUCUAUUGCUUACGGAAAUAUCUCUCUGAACUCUGGAACUCACUUUAUGGACACAGCUAUUGUUAACUGUGACCCUAGAUUCCGGGCAGACUCUGACAGGAUAAAGUGUAAAUUUGAUGGUAAAUGGGAGACAGCUUUUUGUCGCGAACAUGAUUGCUUUGUCAAAUGGGCGGGCACCUAUAACGGUUGGAGAAAUAUAACUGAAUAUGGCAACAAAUGCGAAAGAUGGGCUGAUCACACUGAUAGGAUUACAGAUCCAUCAAAAGUGGCGUGGUUAUCAACCAAAGGUGAAAACUACUGCCGUCUUUCGAGUUCCAAAUGGUACACUUUACAUUGUGUUGUUGUCCAAGAUUCGAAAACGAUUUUUCAAAACUGUGGGGUAUAUAAAUGUGCCUAGGUAAAAGCAAAGUGCCUGAAAUUUUAACUUCUGUUCCCAGAUUGAUUAAUAACAAAUACUUAUAAUAAAUUAGUCUAAUAAUAUAUAAAUCAUGUGUAUCAUCAGUGUGUAGUGAGUCAAACAAAUCUUUUAUCCGGAAAGUGUUAAACUAUAUAUUUUUCUAAAAUACAACAUAGCGGAUGUUUUAUCAACCUUGACAAAGAUAUAUUAAUGUUUGUUCCUAAACAAAAUCUUUUGGCAGUUAAUUUGAAAAA